UCUCCUGCACUAGCUCUUUCUGUGUCUCGUGCAACACACACCACUGGCCGUAGUUGCUGGAAUCUGCCUUUAUUGGCAUUAUAAGGACUUUGUGUAUUUUAUUAGGCCAUUUUAAUACGGAAUUAUUUAAUCUUCCUAGAAGGGAUCAGAAAAGGAUGUACAGUUUUAUGGGAGGUGGGCUGUUCUGCGCUGGAGUGGGGAACAUUCUCCUGAUCGUUUCCACAGCAACAGAUUAUUGGAUGCAGUACCGCCACUCAGGCAACUACAUGCAUCAGGGUUUAUGGCGGUACUGUGUACCAGGAAAAUGCUACUCGCACACUGAAAGCAUCGCGUACUGGGAUGCUACCCGAGCCUUCAUGAUUCUCUCCUUGCUGGCCUGUUUCAUUGGCAUCAUCAUCGGCAUCAUGGCCUUUGUCCACUACUCCUCCUUUGACAGAUUUGACAAGACGUUUGCUGCAGGCAUUCUCUUUUUCAUCUCAUGCCUGUUUGUCCUGCUGGCGAUGGCUGUUUACACUGGAGUCACAGUGAACUACUUCGGUAAAAGAUAUGGAAACUGGAGAUUUUCCUGGUCUUACAUCAUUGGAUGGGUGGCUGUAGUUCUCACUUUCUUUUCAGGUAUUUUCUACAUGUGUGCCUAUCGUAUGCAUGAAUGCCCAAGAAGCUCCCAUCCUCACUAGUAGAAGACACCAUGAAAAUCCCAAUCUUUCUCCUGUGAUAAUGAACUGAUUAUGAACGUGUGCCCUGAACUGUAAAUCAAGAAACGAGUUUCCUAAUUCUCCCCAGGAGACUGAAUUCAGUAACUAGAAUAAAGAACUGU